AUGUCCCAUCCUGUUGAACGUCCGGCAACCCCAUCCGUGCUGUCGACUCCGCUCCAAGAAUCCCAGCCCAGCAUCCUCUCUAAGACUUCAGGUUCAGAGUCCGAUCCAGACUCAUCUACGUCGGAGUGCCCCUGCUGCCGACUGCCAACCGUUCCCGAGCUCUCUACGCUCGCCGAGGCUAUCCCGCAGCUGGACCUGAAGGAAUUCGCCACGCUGGAGGAACGAUUUUUGAAAUCACUGGCGAUUCAGCCCGCGGUAGGAUCCACGGUCCGAGCCGCCGCUGUGGUUCCUCAAGACCGUCGAGCCGCCGGAAAUUACCUGCUGGUCGACUUGAUUUGCCAUCGGUUGUUCUCCACAUUCAGGCAUCAGGAAGGCAUUCGAAACUUUACCUAUUAUGAACGUUUUAUCCCAGGCGAUACUUUAACUGUGGUGGCCCGAAGGGUGUUUCGAAGACAGUUGAGCUGGCUAGAGGCAACAGUGACCAGAGACAGCGUUCUAGUGGCCAUUGCAACGGCGCUAUACCACGAUGUCGGCCUAGAACCAGAGGAAGGCAUACAGAUUUCUGCUGAGAAUCUCUCCACCGAUUCCGACGGUGUACAUUCUUGCGUUGUUUCUGACGAUCGUGAUCUGUGGUAGACUUCUGUCUUUUUACUUGGCUGCUCAGCUCGAAGGUUCCUUUACAUAUCUCAACACGAUAAAUACUCUUAACGGAAUGCAACGACUAAAUUUGCUGUCCUCGCUAAUCCAACUGCUGUUUUUCAAAGACACCGAUAUUCUCCUUUCCUUCCUUUGACUUACUGCACAUUGCAUUUGGUUGGGCUUUCCUUCCCAGCGACGCAUGCUGCUGGUAAAAAAAAGGCGAGAGAGGUUGUUCUAGAGUAGAAACAGACUAAACUGUAGAUAGUCUCAAGCAGAGAGUUGUCUGACCAGGACCCACCUGAAUCAUGAAAAUAGACGCCCGGGUAUUUCCUUCCAGCCUCGACAUCCAAGAUCCAUCUUGUUAACGACCAGGACUCAGGAUUCCCUAGCUCUGAGACUUAUCAUAAACAUCCUAAGUCAUGAUGGUAUUGGUCGAAUUGUUUAAAGAUAACCGGUAAUCGCAGUGAUCAGGUGGGACUGGUCUAGUCGUCUGCGCUCUUGCCCGGGUAUCUUCCAUGCAGCAUUGCACUGAAGUAGAACCGGUGUUGACGGUCCGGAGCAGAAACAUGCUUGACUUUUGAUCAGGGCGGAUCCACCCG